AUGAGUGACAGGGCAACGCCGAAAAGUUGCAACAGCUCCACGAACGGCGGCACAAGUGGCGAGGAUGUCCUCUACCCAAAUCCUCCAGGAUCCGGUGAGAGCAACCAUCUACCGCCAGGGAAGGGAGGACAAGACGGUAGACCCUUAGAACUCAACAUCUUGUCCACUACAGCCGCACCCGCCGAGACCAUCCAACCACCCAACGCCGCUGACAUCACAACACACCGCGACCAGGACGGUGAGGGUGCACGGCCCCGUGAUGCCCAUGGAGCCGACAAUGGUGCCGGGGACGUCACGGGGAGCCUCCACACCGGAGGUAAGUUCCAAAAGCUGAAGGAGAAGAGGAAGAUCAGGAAGACCAGGAGGCUUUCCACAAGCGGACCACCAUCUCGACCAACACCACCGGCGGCGAUGGAGGUGGACCAAUCUGUGCCCAAGAGUGAAAAACUCGAGGAGCAAGUACCGUCCACCAGCCAGGACGUGAACUCGGAAAACCCUUCCGAAGACGCCUGGCUAGCCGCUCCCGGUCUGUCGUUGGAGGGAAUGCCGGAGAUGACAUACAACAACCCGUUUUUCACUCCGGCCACGUCACCCAACUAG